UAUAACACAAGCGAGAGGAACUCACACAUUGUUGAAAACAAGUACGGUCACUUUCUUCCCCUCGCAGUAAACCCUAAUUCUCCAUCCCCAAAUCCCCUUUCUUCAUCUGAAUUCUCUCGAUUUCGAUCUUCCCAUCGCUAUGCAAGGCGAGGACGAGCCCUCAGGCAGCGCAACGAUGGUCGAAGACGAGAUCUACGCCAACGGUACAAGCGCCGACGACCAGAAGCGCAAUAGACCCAUUAUAACUGGCGAACAGCUCGACAUUGAAGCCUAUGCUAGUCUCUAUUCGGGUCGUACCAAGAUCACUCGCCUUAUCUUCAUCGCUGACCACUGCGGCGCCGAGACUAACCAGACGAUGCAGCUCGAGGCGCUUCGAAUGGCUUACGACGAGAUUAAGAAGGGCGAGAACGCUCUGUUGUUCAGGGAAGUUGUGCCGAAGAUCGACGGUAGGUUGGGGCCUAACUAUGGGAUGGAUGCCGCUUGGUGUGAGAUGGUCGAGCGGAGGGCUGAACAGAGGAAGGAUAAGCUCGAGAAUGAACUCAAUGCGUACAGGACUAAUUUGAUAAAAGAAAGUAUAAGGAUGGGAUAUAAUGAUUUUGGAGAUUUUUAUUACGCUCACGGUGCACUUGGCGAUGCUUUUAAAAGUUAUGUUCGUACGCGCGAUUAUUGUACUACAUCUAAGCAUAUCAUUCAUAUGUGCAUGAGCGCAAUUCUUGUCAGCAUAGAGAUGGGCCAGUUUACACAUGUCACGAGUGUCAGCAAAGCAGAAUAGACCCCGGACGCCCUUGAUGCAAUUACUAGCGCAAAGCUUCGCUGUGCUGCAAGAUUGGCUCACUUGGAAGCAAAGAAGUACAAACUUGCUGCUCGCAAGUUUUUGGAGACAGGUCCUGAAUUAGGAAGUCAUUAUAACGAAGUUAUCGCACCUCAGGAUGUUGCAACGUAUGGUGGUCUUUGUGCACUUGCAACCUUUGACCGCUCAGAGCUUAAGUCCAAAGUUAUAGACAAUGUCAACUUUCGAAAUUUCUUAGAGUUGGUUCCUGUAGUCCGAGAGCUGAUCAAUGAUUUCUACUCAAGCCAUUAUGCAUCAUGCCUGGACUACCUUGGGAAUCUUAAGCCUAACUUAUUGCUUGACAUUCAUUUACAUGAUCACGUCGAGACGCUUUACGAUCAAAUACGCCACAAGGCUCUCAUCCAGUACACACUCCCAUUUGUGUCUGUUGAUCUCCACAUGAUGGCUAAUGCUUUUAAAACAAGUAUUGCUGGUCUUGAGAAAGAGCUUGAGACACUAAUCACUAAUAACCAAAUCCAGGCAAGAAUUGACUCACACAAUAAAAUUCUUUAUGCUCGGCAUGCGGAUCAGAGGAAUGCAACCUUCCAAAGGGUCUUACAGACAGGGAGUGAGUUUGACCGUGAAGUCCGAUCAAUGCUACUGAGAGCAAAUCUUAUCAAGCACGACUAUAACCAACGAGGAGGAUCUAGAAAAAUUUGAUCAUUUGAAUCUUUUGGGGCUGGUAUGGCCUUGUUUUUCUUCUUCAUUGGCUUUCAUUGUUUUAGCCAUGAGAAGGUUUGGAUAGAGUCAAGACUUAAAUUAAAAUUGGAAGUUCCAUGUGAGGUGGAUUGUUAAAAGCAAGGAGGUAGAAAUUCAUGCAACAAUUAACACAUACUGCUUGCUGGCUGCUGGUUUUGUAAAUACUUAUUUUUCUCAGAUGCAGUUAUUGAUUCUUCCAGUUUUUUUUCCUUACAGAUUCCAGGGAAACAUGUUUCUGACUUUGGCUGUGAGUUGAAUAUGCAAAGUAAUGAGAAUUUCUUCAUUGUUGCCUCUUUUAGAAUUCUCGAGACAAUCAAUUUCUCUUGAAAUACAAUAGCUCUCCUUUGGAUGUAGAGCUUUCCUUUUCCA